UGCUGGGCUCCGGCUCCGGCUGCCGGGGCGGAAGAGGCGGCGGCGGCGGCAGAAGCAGCGGCGGCGGGAGUCCAGGAGGCGGCUCCGGAGGCUGCUUAGGAACCGGGGACCCCGGGAGUGCCCGCGCCCUGAGCUCUCAGCUCCGGAGGCGUCAUGGCAGAGUACGGGACUCUCCUCCAGGAUCUAACCAAUAACAUCACCCUUGAAGAUCUGGAACAGCUAAAGUCAGCCUGCAAGGAGGACAUCCCCAGUGAGAAGAGUGAAGAGAUCACUACAGGCAGUGCCUGGUUCAGCUUCCUGGAGAGCCACAAUAAGCUGGACAAAGACAACCUUUCCUACAUUGAACACAUCUUUGAGAUCUCCCGCCGUCCUGAUCUACUCACUAUGGUGGUUGACUAUAGAACCCGAGUGCUGAAGAUCUCUGAGGAGGAUGAGCUGGACACCAAGCUAACCCGUAUCCCCAGUGCCAAGAAGUACAAAGACAUUAUCCGGCAGCCCUCUGAGGAAGAGAUCAUCAAAUUGGCUCCCCCACCGAAGAAGGCCUGAGCAAGGGGGAGGAAGAGGAAGAAGGUUGCACCUUCAUCGGACCACUCCCUUCCCCAUCCUCUAUGGGAAGGGGCAAGGACAUCUCCCUGCCCCAUACCCAUGUACUAACCUGGUCCUAACCCCCUUACUAUGCGCGUGUGUGUGCGUGUGCGCACGCUCUGGCUGUCUGUCUAUAUGUCUAGCUCAUCUAGUUCCUCUUCCUCAUGAGGGGAUGGGAGUCAGGGGAUGAAGGUGGUUUAGUUUCCCCACUCUUAGGGGAAGGUGGGGGCUAUUUUCUACAUGAACAGAAAUUGGCACAUUCCUCCUCUUUCCUCCACUCUCCUCCCAUAUAUUUGAAGUGUGAAAGCAGAAUCUUACCUUGAGGAGCUAAGGUGAAGAUGAGGUAUGGGAGAGAUGGUUAGAUUUAAGGAAAAGCAGUGGGGAAGGUAAAGAGGCCACUCAACCCCCACUGGAAGGGGCAGAGAAAAGCCAGGGCUCAGUGUUUAUACUCUUAGGCUGUACUGGCUAGAAUCUUCUUUCUUGCCAUUCUUCAGGCUGGAAGGUCAGAGUGUCAGUGGUCCCUUCUAAUGGGCCUAGGAGGAGUGUGUCACGGAUCUAAUGAGAAGACCAGAUCCUUUCCUGAUCCCAAAGAUCAAGCCCAUAGAGAAGCCAGCAUUUAGUGCCCCUCACUUCCACAUUGCAGACUAUGCUGGGAACAUGCACCACUGACCCUGAGAUGGGACUACAGGCAGAGAUGGGUCCCUUUCCAUUCUUUUAUUCCUGUCUACAGACUGUUGCAUAUACUGAUGUUGAACCAAGGGAGGUUGGGAAAUGAGAUCCUUAGGUUUUAACUGCAACUUGACCAUACCUAUAGGAUCCCAAUGUGGAUACCGCAGGCCGCCUUCCCUAUCUCGGGUUUAGAACAUCCCAAGCCAGAAAGAAGUUUUUUUUGUUUGUUUGUUUUGCACUGACUCCCACCCCAAUUCGAUCCAGGAAGGGACUUGGUCAUCUUUUUCAACAUGGGCUUGUGGCUGCCUCCUAGUCAGAUCACUAGAGUACAGUGAGUAACCCUAGCCUCCUCCUGUCCCAAGACUGACCUACCCUUCCCUACCUUGACCGUGCUAACUGUGUGUACAUAUAUAUUCUACAUAUAUGUAUAUUAAACCCGCACUGCCAUGUCUGCCCUUUUUUUGUGCUGUCUAGCAUUAACUUAUUGUCUAGGCCAGAGUGGGGGGUGAGCGGGGAAUGCCACAGUAAAGGGUGUGGCACAGUCAAAUUACUACACAGUCUAAACAGAAAAGAAAGCUUUAAAAGAAACAAAUUUACAUGUAAACUCAGAAGCUACUUUGUAGAAAGUUGAAAGUAGGAGCUUUUAGGAUGUGGGUACAGAGCUUCAGGGGGAGGGGUGGGCUGGUCGUUAGAAGAGGGAAGAAGCCAGACUGGUUAGAGAACACCCUCAACUCCUAGCCCUACCCAACCUGUCCAUUCCCUCUGGCCACUGCUGCAGACACCUGCCUUAACACACACACCUCGAAGACUCCAUGGUUUUGCCUUAAGGGACCUUCCCAAGUCACCCCAGUCCUGAUUGGCUUCUCCCUUAAGACAGAUACUUGUAAAAUUGGGAAGAGGGAAGUUACCAUGAAUCGUCCUUCCAUCUGAGAUGUUAUAUGUGUGUGAGAGAGAUGGAGCCUUCCUUAUGAAAGAAAUGGAAGAGGCAGGAUAAUUUUUAGCAGUUUCUCUAAAGCAAAAAAAACUAAAACGACUAACCUGCCCUCCCACCCUUUGUGCUGCGGUGAGGUGGCCCCUAUCCUGUGCUCCUCUGUCUGCAGCGCGCACGGCCUUGUUCUAACCCUGGAAUAAAGGUGACUGUACUGUA